AUGUCUACUGACAAAAGAAUCCUCGUCCUCGGAAGCGGCCUCGUUGCCAAGCCCUGUACCCUUGCCGCGGACCAUUCCCGGGCGACCGCCAUUGCUCUCGACGUCGCCUCUCCUGAACUGGACACCCACCUUGCUGAACAUGACGUCGUGAUCUCCCUCGUGCCCUUCAUCUACCAUCCAACGGUGAUCAAAGCGGCAAUUCGCGGCAACACCCACGUCGUGACCACGAGUUACGUCUCGCCUGCGAUCCGAGAGCUGGAAGCCGAAGCCAAGGCAGCUGGGAUCACGGUUCUCAACGAGGUUGGAGUCGAUCCUGGAGUUGACCACUUGUACGCCAUCAAAACCAUUGAUGAAGUGCAUGCCAAGGGCGGAAAGGUCAAGGAGUUCUACUCAUACUGCGGCGGUCUGCCUUCUCCGGAGUGCGCCGAUAACCCCCUUAAGUUCAAGUUCUCCUGGUCCCCGCGCGGAGCUCUCCUGUCGCAGUUCAACUCGGCAUGCUUCCUCAAGGAUGGCAAGGUGGUUGAGAUCUCCAAUCAGCAUCUCAUGGCGCACGCGGAGCCGUACCACGUCAUGGACGGGUACUCCUUCGUUGCGUAUCCCAACCGCAACUCCGUCCCGUUCCGCGAGUUCUACAACAUACCGGAGGCAGAAACGGUCAUCCGCGGGUCUUUGAGAUAUGCCGGCAACCCGGCUUUCGUGCGGGCGUUGAUCAGGAUGGGGUGGUUGGACACACAGCCCAAGGAAUGGCUGGCCACUAAGAAUGAAGGGUUGACUUUGAAGGAGGUCCUGGGAAGAUGCAUCAACUCCAAAGACUUUGAUGAAAAGGCCUUGAUUAAUGGUAUCGAAGAGCUUUGCGACUUCACCAGUAACGCUGAGAGGGAGAGCAUCAUCGAAGGCUUGCGAUGGAUCGGUCUGUUCUGCGACAAUCCGGCCACUCUUCGAGGAAAUCUUCUGGACACUCUAUGCGCGGAACUCGAGAAGCUCAUGAGCUUCCAACCUGGAGAGAGGGACCUGGUGAUGCUUCAGCACAAGUUUGUCGUUGAAUGGAAGGAUGGUUCCAAGGACACAAUCACCUCAACUCUGGAGCUUCUUGGAGAACCAAAUGGGUACUCGGCGAUGGCCAAGUCGGUCGGCGUAACUUGUGGCAUCGCCACUCAGUUGCUACUCAACGGUGAGCCUGCGCUCAAUGUCACUGGAGUUUUGGCACCCUACAAGGCGGAAAUUUGCGAUCCUAUUCGUAAGGCAGUUGAGGUGGAGGGGAUCGUGCUGGUUGAGAAAACGCUUUGA